UUCUAUUAUUCCGAUUGCAUUUGGGGUCAAUCUAUAUACUAUUAUUACUAAGUGGUAAGCGUUUGUGACUUUAUGAGUUUGCAGUUUGGUAAAUCUCUGAAAAUACGAAACCGAUUUUAAAAAUUCUUUCACCAUUAGAAAGGUACAUUAUCCAAGAUUGUUAUAUGCUAUAUUUUAUCACAAAAUUCCUACGCGAGCGAAGCCCUGGGCAACAUCUAGAGUAAAUAUUAUUCAGCUGUGAUUUUACAGCCAGCCUCCAUCCUGACUUCAGCUCUCUUUAGGAAUGCUAAUAUUGCCUAUCAGCUGCCAAGACAGUGCGUCCUUUAAUUACCGAAUAGGGAUUGGGUGGAACGACACGCCCUUAUCAGUAACAAUUUAUUUAAGAGUGUUCUCCAUAAAACCUUUGGAGAACCACACAAAAUUCAGAUAUAUCAAUGGUAAAGACAGCUACUUGUAUGAAUUAUUGGGUAAUUAGGUUAUAGCAUCAGUGACCUGGGUUACUAUAGUGAGAUAAGACGUUUGAAAUGAUACGUCACAAUCAGCAGUUCUUGUAUAACAGUGAGUAUAUAUCAGUUUACCUAACCCGUUUGUUCAAUCAGUACCAUUGUACUGCAAUCAGGUGCAAUUUGAAUUGGUAUUAAAACAUUGGCAUAUGGUAUGGUAGGUAGUAGGACGUACUUUACUCAUAACCGAAUUGUGGCAUAAGACAACAACAUCAUGCGGACUUUUUAUAAGAUACUUCUAAUGGGGUAUCUUAUACAUCUAUGUAUGGACCAAAUGGAAUCGAAGAAGGAACAGGCUCCAAUGGACGAAUGCAACCCACUUUACUGGUAUCCAAAGCAAGUCCCAGAGCACUGCUUUCGCAACAGCACUCCUCCGAUGAUAAUUCCUGUGCCGAUUCCUGUACAAGUGCCGGUAUUGCCACCAUUCCCUAUUUUCCCGCUUGCUCCUCAACCAAUGGCACCCGCUAUGCCACCACCAAUGAUGCCUCCCCCACCGCCACAAGCUAUGCCACCACCAAUUAUGCCACCUGCCCCUGGUCCUUGUUAUUGUCCUCCGUGCAUGAUGCCAAUGGUACCAGCUCUACCCCCGCCCCCACCUAACCCUUGCGAAUGUCCACCGUGUCCGCCAUGUCCACCUCCAUUGGUACCUACUAUGCCUCUUCCAUCUAUGCUGUCGCCUCCUGGAAUGCCCUAUCCCAUCUUACCUCCCUUCUUUCCCCCUCCAAAUCCAAUGGGAAUGAUACCGGGACUCCCUGGAAUAGUUAGCCCCGAUGGCGGAAUCAACGUGCUACCAUUCUCAGAUGCCUAUUCAGAUCUACUUGAAAAACACAAGAACAAAGAGUUAAGAAAAAAAUAUAGAAAGCUAAUUAAAAAAUAUGGCAAAAAAAGGUCGUAACUACUCUUACGUAGAUACAUCUAUGUCCUGACGAUGUAGGUAUUAAGGUAGAUAAGAAAUAAUUUAUUGUCUUAAAUUAUUGUAAUUUAAUUCCGCGUUGAUUGCUGGAAAUGCACGCCGCAUAUUGUAACAGCUACACACUAUCGGCCUACAUAUUAAUUGCUAGUAUUUUCUUGCCGGUAAUAAAGCUCACAUAGAUACACACAUUACUAAAGAUAUGUGGGUGAAUUUCAGGACUGUUUGAACGCGGCGUGUAGCGUUUCAUUAGUGUCGCACGAUUUUUAAAAAUAAAGAAUAUUUAUUUUAUUAAACAUUUAUAAAAUUAACAUUUUACCAGUACUUUUCUUAUUUAUAGGAUAAUUAAAUUGAUUAUUGUGUAUGGUACAAUUUCAUAAACACUAAUGAUAGCCCACGGCGGUAUUCAAAACGCUCGUGGAAUUCACCCAUGUAUGUUUUGUUUCUGCUUAUGUCUGAGUUCGCUGAUAGUGUAUUUGGCAACAGUUAAUUUGAUAAGUGAUUUAAAAUAAAUAAACAUGUUAUUUUGUA